GAAAUUGGUUUCUAGUCUAUAACUUCUUAUGAGAAGUCUGAUCGAAAAAGUACGAAUACGCCCAGGAGGCAGCUGGAUACGACAAUAUGUAACCAGAGUAAUGCUGGCCUAAAGCACACGGAUUUUUAACUCAGCGGCACUAUCCAUCGAAAAGUCCCACAACUCCCGUCUCAUCUCGUUCCUGCCUGCCCUAGGCCAGAUAUGAGAGAGUGCUCCAUGCCCGCCAGCAACCUCUCCUCGAUUUUCGGCCGGAGCAGUUCGAGUUCCGGAAAGAACAUUCCACCACACUCCAAGUCAUAGGGUUCGUGAACGCAGCGGCAGAAAGCUACAACCUGCCAAACCCACCGUCGCAGCAUCAUUCGGUAACGAGAAGACCUUCGACAAGGUGAGGGUGCCAGGUCUAAUCGUCUAGAGACUAUCGGUUCGAUAAGGGACCAAGAUAUCCGGCAGACACUGAAGAUUCCCAGCUUAUCAGAACACAUACGAUAAGCCGGACAAUUCUGACGUGGGCCCUUUAAGGCAUCCUUUCCUCCAGACGGAACGCAACAAACUAAGAAGAAACGGCUCAGGAGCGCGCUGCAACAAGGAAACUAAAUGAAGAACACAAGCCUCAGUAAAAAACAUCAAGCAGUAGAAGCUGGCGCAACUAGAAGGCCUCAAGAUUGCAUCACUCACAAGAUCACAGACGCGAACCAAAAUGGCCAAACCCCAAGCACCAAUCACCCUCACCGUAGCUCCAAGUCUUGAUCGAGCAGCUGAAGGAAACUACGACGAAGGCACAGAGGGGAUCGUUCUCAAAGUGCUCUGCCAAGUUCAAGGGAGACGCAGAAGAUGUGAACGAGUUCGUCGCCGAGGACAACGCCAUCAAAAGGCUGGCGAUGCUCCUGCAAGCAGGCAAGAUGUGACAGAAACAAUUAUCUCGUGGGAAGAAACGCUUCUCAAAGAUAACUCGGCUCUACCAUCCCAACCCACGGACUCCUAGAUAAGUUCUGGGUGAGAAAGAGCAUAUCGAACUGUUCAUCAGCUAGGAGCGCACCCUGAUCCCCAAAAUUUUCUAAGCCGAAGGCGACCGCCUAAUAGUGAUUCGAACACGUGCGUUAAUUAAACUUAAUCCGAUAACUUCUUAUCGAAAACGCCCAGAUGUGGCUACAUUUUAACACGCAAUUUACAAUUAAAUUCAUAAAUCUAAAUAAACAAGUUACAAAAGCCAUAAAAUUUAAAUAAGAAUUACGCAAUUUCAACACUUCUAAAAGGAAAAAUAACACUGAGGCACGAAUUCAACCACAAUAAACGAAAUUUGUGCAUAUUCGUAUAUAAUCCCCUAGACAUAAUAAAUUUAAAUAUUUACAGGGUGUCCCGUCAUUAUGUCUGGUGUUUGGAUCGUAAUAAUAUCUACAUGUCAUGACGUUGUUUACACAACAAUAUGUUACUGUCAAAGUAAUUAAUUCGGAGAUUAACUGUGCAACUUUUGUAGUACGUGGAAUAACUCUGUCUGAAAUAUUAAAAAGAGACGAUUUGAGUUCUUUUAAUACGCGAUGUGACUGACGUAAAGAAUAUUCUGUAGAAAUGUAUAUUUUCGCCUUUAAUCUGUGAGAGGUUUUUCAAGUAAAUAAAGAUAUCUGUAAACAGUGUUUAAAUUAUUGUACGCAACAAUAACUCAUAACACAAGUUCCGUUACUUAAUCUUUUUAAGGGUGCAAUGGACCAACUGAAGCUGUACGAAGACGCUGCGAUGGCUACCACACAAUGCGAAACCGAUUUUCAGGGUUUUGCAUCAGGUGAAGAUCCGUUACCGGAAGAUUUAGAUAGCAACAAUAUUGAACGCGACCCAGAAACGUUGUGGGACGGCAACGAAAACGAAGAGACCAACCCGCCGGCCAUUCCUCCUCCGCCACCAUCUCCCGAUGGUAAGGAAUGUUCAUGUGGUCAACCCAAUUGUUGUAAUUAUAUUUUGUCCGACACGCAAGGCUCUAAUUGGCUAAAGGGAGAGAAAGGAGACAGAGGCCCUAGAGGUUCGCCGGGUGAAUCAAUUCGGGGACCUCCAGGCCCACCAGGUCCUCAAGGGCAGCCGGGCACGAAACCCGAGGGCGAAGCGUCCGGGCGAUGCUCUUGCAACGCAUCCGCCAUUAUUGAUUCGUUGAUGUUACCUAUGAUGCUACCAGGUCCUCCUGGAGUACCGGGCGCGGAGGGUAAGGCGGGUCCUCCCGGUAUGACCGGUUUGUCAGGUCCUCCGGGCGAGCGUGGUGCUCCCGGUCCGCGCGGUGAUAAGGGCGACAGAGGUGAAAGAGGACCUACCGGUCCCGAAGGAAUACAGGGGACUAAAGGUGUACCGGGACGAGAUGGAAAUACGGGUCCGAUGGGACCGCCUGGGCCUCCCGGUCCUCCCGGACCUAUUGAAUUUGAGAAUGCUGAUCCAAGCUGGAAACCCCGAGGUAUCUUUAAGGAAUCCGUCGGAGGUACACGACCGGGUAUUCACGGCAGUAAGGGCGAUCCCGGACCGGAAGGUCCAAGCGGACCACGAGGCGAACGAGGACUGCCCGGUAGCAAAGGUGAUAGGGGUGAUUCUGGUGCCAGAGGCGAUAAGGGCGAAAGAGGCUAUCAAGGCGAAAAGGGUACGCAAGGUUCUAAAGGCGAACCGGGAUCGCCGGGUAUUGACGGGUUGCCAGGAUCUCCAGGAGCGAAUGGGAAAAAUGCCGAAAAGGGCGAAAAGGGUGAACCUGGCCGACCGGGUCCGCCGGGAGUGCCCGCAAACGUACAAAGUGAAACCUCGAACUUGAACGUGCAAACGUUGCCUGGAUCAAAAGGUGAAUCGGGUGUGAAAGGCGAAAAAGGAGAGCGCGGUGAAACUGGUUUGCCUGGUAUGCCCGGUGUUAACGGUGCUAUCGGUGCUCCCGGAGAGAAAGGCGAGCCUGGUAGUUUAGGAGCGAUCGGACCUAUGGGACCUCCCGGAACAAAGGGGGAGCGCGGCGAACGAGGACCUCCCGGCCCUAUGUUUGUGGCCAACAGUACCGCUCACGUUAUGACCGUUAAGGGCGAAAAAGGAGAAAUGGGCAGACGCGGUCGAAGGGGUAAACCGGGAGGUACAGGUCCCGUCGGCCCUCCCGGUAAACCAGGCCCGACUGGAGAAAUUGGUUUUCCAGGUUGGACGAACGGUUCAAAGGGUCGCCCAGGAUCUCCUGGUCAUCCAGGCCCAAAAGGAGAGAAAGGCGAUCCGGGAGGUGGAGGAUACUCACAUGGCAAGGGGGAAAAAGGAGAGCGCGGCAAUGAUGGCGUACCCGGUCGAGAUGGAGCGCCCGGUCCUCCAGGUCCGGCGGGAGGUCCCUCAGAAGACGUGUCAAUUAAAUACAUUCCAGUACCCGGCCAUCCCGGUCCACCCGGACCACCUGGACCGCCUGGCAUUCCUGGUUCACCAAGUGGUAACUAUGGAGAACCGACGUGGAAUACGCGACCUGGACUAAAAAGUAGCCUUGAGGAGCUGAAAGCCCUCAGAGAGCUAAAAGAACUGAAAUUUUCAGCAGGUCGACCAACGGAAGCAACACUACCUCAAACAAGUGACAUAGAUCCAUCACUACCUAGAAUUGUACCCGGUGCCGUUACUUUCCAAACGCGUGAAGUAAUGACGAAGAUGUCGUCGAUCAGUCCAGUAGGCACCAUAGGUUAUCUAAUUGAGGAAGAAGCUCUACUUGUACGCGUCAAUCAUGGGUGGCAGUACAUUGCGUUGGGAAACAUAAUUCCAAUAACCACCCAACCUAUAACUCCAACACCCACCCCCACUCCAUCGAAGCCUCUGUUUGAAGCCAGCAAUUUGGUGAACCACGUACCUCUUUCAGCGGAUGUUGCUCAAUGGCACCCGAAGAUGCUCCGCAUGAUCGCACUAAAUGAGCCUUUCACCGGCGAUAUACACGGAGUUAGAGGCGCCGAUUACUCCUGCUACCGAGAAUCUCGAAGGGCCGGCUUACGUGGCACUUUCAGAGCUUUCCUUUCGUCGAGAGUGCAGGAUGUCGACGCAAUUGUUCGCCCGGCCGAUCGCAAACUGCCGGUGACCAACUCGCGCGGUGAGAUUCUCUUCAACUCCUGGGGGGAAAUUUUCAACGGUGGCGGGGCCGUCUUCACUAAUUUCCCGCGAGUUUUCUCGUUCAAUGGUAAGAACGUCAUGUCGGACGUGACGUGGCCGCAUAAGUCGGUCUGGCACGGCGCUCUUCCGAGCGGCGAGCGAGCGUUGGAUUCGUCUUGCGACGCGUGGCACUCAAACGCCAAAGAUAAGGUCGGAUUAGCUGGAUCGCUGAAGGGGGCGAAACUCUUGGAUCAGACCCCCGUUUCGUGCGACGCACGCUUAGUUAUGUUAUGUAUUGAAGCGACGAGCGAAAUAGCUGAAAAGAGAAGAAAACGAAGUAUUGAGUCUAGCAUAAACGAGGAAUUACUGUCCAUGGACGAGUACAGUAAUUUACUUCAAUCGCUUACUGAGAAUGGAUAAACUCAAAAAAUGCUCUUUAAUAAAAUCAUUCCAUCCAUGUAGAUAUGCGCAUCAUUUAAGUGUCAUGUUCCCUUUUUAAUCAUAAGCAAAUUCAAGUGUCAUAAAUUUCGCUCUAAAAUUUAAAUACGUGUCGGUGAGUCAAAACAUUUUUGGUUUCAUGAUUGAGUUGGUUGGUGUACAGGGUGUUCCAUUAACUUUUCACUGUUAUUGUUAACGGUUUUCUCAUUUGCAUGGCGAACAAGGACAGACUUGGGACAUUACGAAUGGUUUAAUUGAUGAAAUGAAAGAAUGUAUCUGCUUGUUGUGUAUAUAUUAUAAAUAAAUAAAAUUUGUCUUUAAAGUAAACUUUUAGGCAUAAAGUUCUUUAUUUGACAAUUUCGUUGAGUAAAUAUGUGUGUAUGUGAAGAAUUUAUUGUGUGAUUUUAGACUAGUUAAGUACUAAUUUAUACAUUAAUAAGUAUUUGUAAUGAAAUAUUUAUAAAUGUUUGAUUAAAAUGAAUGAAUUGCA